UUUCCCUACCUUCUGAGCGUCGGGACAUUUACUCGUGUGGACCCGUUAACAUGCGUAUUAGCGAACUAAAGGCAUGCUGAGAUAUUCCCUUUACGCACUUUAUAUACAUCCAAAAGCUCAAACUGCCCGUGCGCGCGCUCCUGUGUGGGUGUGUGCGCGUGUAGCUGCUCCUAAGGACCGCCGAAAUGAACAGCUGAUCAACCUUAAGCUUUCUUGCUGACGUGCAAAACUGUCGUUUAAUGUCCUUUUCACUGUUUGCACUGGAGUUUUAGAGUUUUCCCCCCUCUGGAUAAAUUCCGCUGCAGAUUGAGAGGUGAAUUCCUCAACUGGAAAGUCGGGCUCGCCAUUGCAGCUCAGUGUCUGACUGCGACUGAAUAAUACCUGAUCUGUGUCAGUACGGGUAUCGACGACAACAUCGACUUCACCAUGCAGCUCAUUUGAACAGCAGACCGCAGUUGCGCCGUGUGCGAAAUAAAGCCUUGGCACAAAACACGUCACACAAGAGGAGAACCAUUUGAUGGAAGAAAAGAAAAAGAAAACGCAAGAGGAAAAGAAAAAGAAGGAAGCUGCUCAGAAAAAGGCUGCUGAACAGAAAACCAAAGAGCUGCCCCCACAGAGUGGCCUGGCAGCCCAGUAUGAGAAUAUAUCCCCCAAUCGCAGUGCCACUACAGCCUCUACCAACAGCUGCAGCGGCUGGGAUCCACUGAUUAUUGACAAGCGCGAUACGGAGGCGUGGCCUUUCAUUUCAUGCAAAGAAAGCCACGCCCCUGCAGGAUGCCCCUUGGACACUGAAAGUAUCAGUGACAUCAGCAGCAUGAGCAUGGCCACAGGAGCUGGCCAGCAAGGCCAUUUCUCCGCCAAUCACCCCAGCAAAGCCAAUGCCAGCCACUCAGGAGGUCUACUCUCUAGUCAGGGUGGGGCCAGCAGAGGCUGGGGCUCUGGCCCGUCUCCUGCCAGUGGAGGAGAAGGGGAAAAUGAAGUCUCCAGCACAUCAGUGGGAGCCAGGUGUUGGGGCUCCUCUAACUUUAACUUGAACUUAAACCCCAACGCUAACCCCUCUGCCUGGCCAGUUCUGGGACAUGAAGGGACUGGCAUGGGUGGCGGCAGCUCUGGAGGAAGCAACCCUCCUCCUCCGAAUCUCUGUAGCCCAACGGGCACUCUGCCCAGUCAGGGCCCUAGCAGCAGUGGCAGUAUAGGUGGUGCCAAUGGAAAUUCUGCAGGUAAUGGUGGCAGUGGCAAUGGCAGCACCUCAUGGGGUAGCAUUGUGCCCAGUGACUCCUCAGAGCCACACUCCACCCCAUCCACGAAUGUGUCUUUCAGCUCCGAACCUCAGAACCUUAACACUGAUGGACCAAAUCACACUAAGCAAGAGCCCAGAAGCCCUGGCCACAGCCUGCCUAACUGGGGGGUUGGACCUGCAGGCAUGGGCUCGUUUGUUCAAAAUCCAGGAGGAGCCUCACAGGUCAACGGGGAUGAAGAACCUGUUUUGGGUAAUGGAGAUGCCAAGUCUGGUGGUGGCUCAAAAGACUCUGGUUGGGACUCAGGGAGCAGCUGGGGACAAGGAGGGGCCUCAGGCACUUCUGGAUGGGGACAAACUGCCUCAACUGGAGACUGGGGUAAGCAUUCCAACCGUGAGGCCAAAGGAUGGGAUUCCUCAGGCUCUCCCACCCAAGAGCAGCAGCUCAACUCUUGGGUCCGUGGGGCCAAUGCCCCAGCCAGUGAGGGAAGCAGUGACAGCAUGGAAUGUCAUCCUCGCAGGAGGGUCUGCUCAUCAAGAGAUGAGGCUUCCCCUAUUCUGCCUACCCAGGAUAUGGACCCUCGGGUUCUAUGUAACACAGGCUGGGGACAAACACCAGUGCGUCAACACACCUCUUGGGAGACCGAAGAAGCUGCACGCGCCAACUGUAAGAAUGACGUUGGAACUGAAGCCUGGGGCUCGUCCUCAAAUGCAGCCAAUGUAGGACCAACACCAACUUCUAACAGUGCCAACCCAAACUCUGGCACUACAUCCAGACCUGACUCUGGGGGCAAGAAUGAGGGCCCCUGCCCCAGUACUGGAGCUGCACCUGGAUGGGGCACAACCAUGCCAUCACCACAAGCUAGCUCUGGUUGGGCAGAUCCAACCAGCAACAAGAAACCUUCCAGUGGUCCAGGAAGUUGGGGCAGUACCCCAGCUGGAGGUCCAGAUGGCAACCUGCAGAAAAGUGGUCAGACUUGGGGAUCAGAGGAGAAGUCUCCUACAUGGGAAGACAGUCACGCUAAAGCCAAACCACAGGGCUGGACUGAGGUGCCCAAAACUUCUCACGGAUGGGGCAAUGGACCUGGUGGAGAAAGCGGGUCUGGAGGAGAAUGGGGUGAACCAGGAGAUGGAAAGAAAAAUGGUCCCUCCAGCUCUACCUGGGAGGGAGAGGGUACCGGCUGGAACGAGAGCUCCAGAAGAUGGGGAAAGCCUGCUCCGGGAGUAGGAGGAAACUGGGGAGAUGCACAAAACUCCAGUGUGCCAUCACAAGGAUGGAAUAACAAGCCCCAGGAGGGCACCAAUGGCAAUAGUGGCAGUGGAAGCAUGGGUUCUUGGGGAGGUCCUAACUCUGUAAAGCAGAGUGGCUCUGGAUGGGUAGGAGGAAAUGGUGGAGGUGUUAAACCUGACCACACUGGAGAGCCCACUGGAUGGGAGGAGCCCUCUCCACACUCCAUCCGACGUAAGAUGGAGAUUGAUGAUGGUACCUCAGCUUGGGGUGACCCAAGCAGUUGCAACAAGACAGUCAAUCUCUGGGACAGGAAUAACCCUGGGAAGCAAGGCAAACCAGGACCUGGCAAUGCCAACAAUGUACCCAACAACCAUCACCAUCAUCCCCACCAUAACCAGCCUCCCAUGCAGACCCACAGCCAUGGAGGGCCAAUUUCAAACAAUAAUCACAUUUCCCCUGAUAAUGCUGGCCCACAUCAAACAGGGCCACCUCACAAUAGAACAACCCCUAUGAAUCCAGGAUGGGGCGAGAUGACAAAUGUCCAUUCAAAACCUGAGCCCUCAUGGGUAGAGGCAGCCGCCCCUGCAGCAAGUGUGGACAAUGGCACUUCAGCAUGGGGUAAACCCCCAGGUGGCUGGGGUGAUAAUGGCCCUGAGGUCUAUGGUCGAGGCAACGGACCUCCUGGAUCUUCCCCCUGCAAACCUGCCCCCAAAUCUAUGCAAGAUGGCUGGGGUGGUGGAGAGGACAUGGGCCUGUCUGCAGGGCAGUGGGAGCAGGAUGAGGGUGACAUGUGGAACAGCACUGCAUCUCAAGAGAGCAACUCCUCCUGCAGCUCCUGGGGCAACCCACCCAAAAAGGGCCCAUCAAAGGGAAAAGUCCCAAACAAACAGGAUGAUACUUGGAUAAUGAAUCGUCUCAUCAAGCAGCUGACUGACAUGGGCUUCCCUAGAGACCCUGCAGAAGAGGCUCUCAAGAGCAACAACAUGAACUUGGAUCAGGCCAUGAGCGCGCUGUUGGAGAAGAAGACCGAACUAGAUAAACGGGGGAUGGGAAUCUCUGACUACAACAACGGCCUAGUCAAUAAACCAAUGGGCUGCAGGCCUUCAGUCAUCUCCAAAGAAUCCUCCUCAGAUCGUCCCCCCUUCUUGGACAAGGAUGCUGGGCUAGCAGAUGAUGCCCAAACCUCACCGUUUAUGCCUUCUCCGAGCCUGAAGCUCCCAUUGGGUAGUGCUGCACUCCCUGGCCAGAGCCUUGGAGUUGCGAUGCAAAACUUGAACAACAGACAGAUGCAGAGUGGAGUGUUUGGUAGUAGCGGAGCAGCACAAGCCCGGGCCCUGCAGCAGCAGCCUCCUCCCCAGCCGUCAGUGCCACCUCUCAACUCGUCCCAGCCUAGUCUACGCGCUCAAGUGCCUCAGUUUUUCAGCCCUCAGGUUCAAGCACAGCUUUUACAGUUUGCAGCAAAAAACAUUGGUCUCAACCCUGCACUUUUAACCUCACCAAUAAACCCUCAGCAUAUGACCCUGUUGAACCAACUUUAUCAGCUGCAACUGGCGUACCAGCGUUUACAGAUUCAGCAGCAGAUGUUGCAGGCACAGCGCAGUGUUUCUGGCCCCAUCCGACAGCAAGAGCAGCAAGUUGCACGUACAAUCAAUAACAUGCAGCAACAGAUCCAGCAGCACCAGCGGCAGCUGGCUCAGGCUCUGCUGAUGAAACAACAACAGCAGCAGCCACCCGCCUCACACCCGGGCCUGCAUCCCAGCGCAGGCAAAUCAGCUCUGGACACAUUUCCAGCCCAUCCCCAGGCCUCCAGCCUCUCUGUUUCCGACCUUCAGACCAAAGAGCCGCAGUCUUCUCCAAACUCCUUCUCACCCUACCCUAUUUCUGGAUUGAACCCUAACAUGAAUGUAAACUGCAUGGAGGUGGGUGGCCUGUCCAUUAAGGACUCUCCUCAGCCUCAGUCACGCCUGUCACAGUGGACACACCCAAACUCCAUGGAGAACCUCUCUGGCAACUCCUCUCCAAUGGAGGCCAACUUCAGCAAGCAUGGUGCCAUCUCUACAGGCCCUAGUCUGGGUCCCCCAAGUAAGCCCCCGCUGGAUGACUCCUACAGUCCCUACAAUCUGAUUCCCAGCUCCGAGUCUCCUGCCAGCCCCCUGGCACCUCAUGAUAGCUGGGGUCAGGGAAAGAACACCAAUGACAAGAUCUCCAAUGGGACCAGUGUCAACUGGCCUCCAGAGUUUUGUCCAGGAGUGCCCUGGAAAGGACUGCAGAAUAUUGACCCUGAGACUGACCCCAAUAUGACCCCAGGGAGCGUUCCCAGUGGGCCCACCAUCAAUACCAACAUUCAGGAUGUGAACCGCUACCUGCUGAGAGACAGGAGUGGAGGUUCCACCCCAACUUCCUCACAGGGUGAGGCUCUGCCUCCUUCCAGCGAUUGGCCAGUCACUAGCUCUUUCAGUCUGUCCUCCCCCGAGGCAGACAGCAUAGGAAAGCUGUCUGACAUGAAGUCCACUUGGUCUCCGGGGCCCAUCUCGCACACCCAGGCUUCUCUCUCUCACGAGCUUUGGAAAGUCCCACAAGGACCCCGAAACUCAACGGCUCCCGCACGGCCGCCUCCAGGCCUGACCAACACCAAGCCCUCGUCCACGUGGGGCGGAAACACCCUGGGCCUGGUGGCUGGCUGGAGCAGCUCCUACUCUUCAGUAGGUACCACAUGGAGUACAGACAGCUCCAGCAGGAGCACUAGCUGGUUGGUUCUGAGAAACCUCACACCACAGAUUGAUGGUUCUACACUGCGGACACUGUGCAUGCAACACGGCCCGCUCAUCACAUUCCAUCUCAACCUGACGCAGGGCAACGCCGUGGUGCGCUACAGUUCUAAAGAGGAGGCUGCCAAAGCCCAAAAGUCCCUACACAUGUGUGUUCUGGGAAACACCACUAUACUGGCAGAGUUUGCUGGAGAAGAGGAGGUGAACCGCUUCUUUGCACAGGGUCAGUCCCUCACGCCCACUACCAGCUGGCAGGCCAACCCCGGCACCAAUCACACACGGCUGGGGGGCGGAGGGACGGCGGCCACACACCCCAUCUGCCACUGGAACAGCAGCAGUCUGGGAGGAGGAGGAGGAGCAGGCAGGAUGGGGUCUGGCGGGAAGGCGAGCAACGAGCUGCUGUGGGGGGGUGUACCGCAGUACUCCAGCCUGUGGGGGCCGCCCAGCACCGAAGACGGCCGAGUGGUGUGCAGCCCCACCCCAAUCAAUACGCUGCUUCCUGGAGACCUGCUGAGUGGAGAGUCCAUGUGAGAGUGCCAAGCGCUCGAACCCCCGAACCGCAGCGAAAUAUGAAACUUAACGAGCAAAAACCAAGCAAAUCAGUUGGCGAUAAUCAACGUCAGUGGAACUGUGAAAAGCCAAGAGACAGGAGGUUGAGGCCACACUUGCAUAGAGGCUGCUGGCCUUCUUCCUCUACUUUUUUGUUUUGUUUUGCGUCUCUUCGUCUGUGUUAUUUUGAUCAUUAGGCUUGGGUUACAGUAUUCUAUAGACUUCUUAUGAAGAACCGUGACUAAAAGAGAAGUGAACCUUUACCGAGACUUUUCUCUAAUAACUGAAACCAGUGUGAAAGUGUAUUUUACUACAAACCGACAAGACAAGCUGCCAUUUUUUAAAAUUCCUCUGGCACGAGCACAUCCUGUCAGCCCAAUCACAGCAUAUCGUCCUCUUCCCCCCGAAGAAACGUGCGUCAUUCCAAACCGACUUCCCCUACUCCCUGUCUUUUAGACUGGAUCCAUGGCUUUUUUCAGUUGUCCUUUGGAUCGUUUAGAUUAAUUAACAGCACUAAACUUUAGCCUUAACUGCUGAUCAGUCCCACUCCAUUUGUACUUUGAAGAAACUCAUCUUGAGAAUUGCACAUUUUCUCAUUUCUGAGCCAGGACUGUCAUGGUUUCGAUCUCAGCCGCAGCGUACGCGCAUUCGUCCUUCCUGUUUCCUUCGGUUGCCACCUGUCUUCGUAACUCUCGAAAGCACGGACAGGUAUCUGAUCCCUCUGCACAUUUGAAGCAUUUAUUCUUAAGCUGAGAGGACACGUGGACAGCUGAGGAAUAUAUUAACCACUGCUCACGAAAAACUGUACAGGAAACACUUUUUCAGAUGGACUACUUUUUCUAAACGACCUUGGUCUCUCUUUCAAAAAAAAAAA